UCCGGGGAAAUUUCAACACACUAACUAACACUCUGAUAAAAAACAUCAAAAUGUUAGAUUUCUUUACAAUUUUUAGUAAAGGAGGCAUUGUCCUUUGGUAUUUUCAAGGAACAUCGCAGCUUUUUACUGCUCCAGUCAAUUCUUUGAUCAGGAGUGUCAUUUUACAGGAGAGAAGUGGAAGUAACCAGUUCACUCACGAGGCUCUCACGCUCAAGUACAAGCUUGACAAUGAGUUCGAACUGGUGUUUGUUGUUGCUUACCAGAAGAUACUGCAGUUAUCCUACGUAGACAAGUUUCUGGACACAAUACAGUUGGAAUUCAGAAAUAAAUACAAGGAUGACCUGCAGAAUGGGGCAAUUUCUGGAAGUUUUGAUUUCAGGGCUGACUUUGACAGGAUUUUGUUUGAUAUAGAGCAGGAGACAAGAAAGCAAACACAGAAAGGAAGGGUGAUGAAAACAUUUGAAGAAUCUGAUAAGUCGAGGAAGACAGUUAAAUCAAUGAUAGAAAACAAGAAGGAAGAUAACAACAAGAAACCAGCGAAGGGCAAGGAAAACAAACCUGUGAAAGCAGCCCCUGUGCAGAGCUCCCCUAAGCCUGCCCCCACAGUCCCCAUGGCAACAAGUAAUCUGAGCAACGGGGAACUGGACGAGGAGACGAUCAGGCAGAACCUUGUGAAAAAAUUUGGAGCAAAGAAGAAGACACCGAAAGCUGAACCAAAGAGCCCAGAUAGUGGUAAAAAGAAGGGCAAGGUCGGCACCAAGUGGGAGAUGGGCGGUACAUCGAAAGACUUGGAAACGCUGGAUUUCAACAAGGGGACUGGGGACAACAUGAAUGGGCAGGUCAAUGUCAAGGAUGAGGAGCUGCAGCAGGUGGGUACAAUGGGUGGGGAACUGAAGAACAUAGAGACUGACUCGGAGAGUGAGGAGGAAGAGGAGGAGGAGGUCACACAGACUGCCAGCACAAAGAAGUCUGGAGGGGGCAAGGGCAUGUUUGGGAUGUUUAAGAACCUGGUCGGCUCCAAGAUGCUUUCACAUGAAGACCUUCAGCCCGUAUUGGAAAAGAUGAAAGAACAUCUAGUUUCUAAGAACGUGGCUUCAGACAUUGCCCAGAAGCUGUGUGACUCCGUCGCUGUUAAACUGGAGGGAAAAACCCUGGGAACAUUCAGCAGUAUCAGUACGACAGUGAAGACAGCGCUUAAUGAGUCGUGCCUGCAGAUCCUGAGACCACGGAGACGUGUGGACAUUCUCCGUGAUGCCAUGGAAGCCAAACAGAAUCGACGCCCGUAUUGCAUCACCUUCUGUGGGGUCAAUGGUGUGGGAAAGAGCACAAACCUUGCCAAAAUCUGUUUUUGGCUAGUAGAGAAUGGAUUCCGUGUAAUGAUUGCAGCAUGUGACACGUUCCGCGCAGGUGCUGUGGAACAGCUCAGGACCCACACACGCAAGCUGAACGCUCUCCACCCACCAGAGAAACAUGCUGGGCAGCAGAUGGUACAGCUGUACGAGAAGGGAUACGGGAAAGAUGCGGCCGGGAUAGCCAUGGAGGCAAUAAACUUUGCUCGUGACUGCCAUAUUGAUGUGGUUCUUGUGGACACCGCUGGUCGGAUGCAGGAUAAUGAACCACUCAUGAGGGCACUUGCUAAGCUAAUUAAGGUGAACCAGCCGGACCUUGUGUUGUUUGUCGGUGAAGCGCUGGUGGGUAACGAGGCGGUUGACCAACUGACCAAGUUUAACCAGGCGCUGGCAGACCACUCAAACAUGACCAACCCAAGACUCAUCGACGGCAUCAUCCUGUCCAAGUUUGAUACCAUUGAUGAUAAGGUGGGAGCUGCCAUUUCCAUGACAUACACGACGGGCCAACCAAUCGUGUUUGUGGGAACUGGUCAGACAUACACAGACCUGAGAAAUCUCAACGCUAAGGCUGUUGUGCAUGCUCUUCUGAAGUAGAGCCCACAAUACACAAGAAGAAGAAACAACCUUACACCACAAAAAGAGACUCUGUUUAACAUUAGGAUGAGGAUGGUUUGAUUCAAGUGUUUAACUUUACAACUUUCUUGUUAAAGCAAAUUUUAAUUUCUGACACCUUUAACCUUAAAGCUUUAUUCAAACUGUUGGCAUUUGUUUGCAAUUGUGAAAAAAAUAUUAAGGAUUUAAGCGCAGUUGAUAAACAAAAAUGGAAAUGAAAAAUGAAAUAAAACCCCAGCAAUCUUUGUACUUUUUUAUGCAUGAUUCAUGCUGAAAGUGUUCAUAUUUUUUUAUGUAAAAUAUUGAUGAGUGAGCUCUAGCCAAAUUGUACUGGUGCCAGAUUUCCAUGGAAAUAUCAUCACUAUAUAAAAAUUGAUUGAUUACUUAAAGCAUAUUUACUCGUCUAUGUGUGAGUAAUUAAUUAAUCAAAGUUUUGCAUAUUUAACAAUGAAGAAGCUUUUUUAUUGAAGACAAAUCCGAGUUGUAGUAAAAAAUAAUUUCUCACAACAUAUACCAAACAACUAAAUUGUAUAUUUCAAAUCAAGUCCGAGUUUACAUUUAAUUUUUGUUAUCCAGUUAAUGCUUAACCAUGUUUCAAUAUAUCACACCAUGUAUCAUACUUGAUGUAAAUUCACACAAAACACAGCAUUAAAACAGCAUCUUUGACUUCAAUGGGCCAAUUGUUAAGAACCUUGUUAAAGGUAACAAUGUUGUUACUGUCAUUGCUGUAAACUUUCAAAUCGGUACAUAUCUCCAAGUUCUUCUGAUACACUUAUGAUCUACAGUACCUGUAUUCCUAACAAGAUUUGAGAUAACUGCUUCAGCUGUACUUGUUUUAUUUGAUACUAUGAGCACAUCGUAAAAUAUUAUAACUUUAAAGGUAACGAAGAUGCCGUUAAUUUUGCUGUUCAAUUUGUUAUUGUUUUCGUGUGCAUCUGUUCAAUAUUACAGUCAUCAGUCAAUAUAGUUUUUGAUAAACAAGCCUGAAUUCUUAUGCUAUUGCUCAGCAUCAAAAGUUUUCACCAAGCCCUGCUAUAUAUAACUUGAACAUGUCAGGAAAUGAUUUUAAUAGUGCAAAGCUUGCAGGCUUGUGCUACUUUCCUCCCGCUAUGUAACCUGUCAACAUUCAUUCUGCUGUAUGUUUGAUCAUUUCAGUAUAUUGUGUCAAAAUUACUGUUGUUCCUAUAUGAUACCUCCAUUUUAUUGACUACUGGCAUGUCCUGUAGGGUGUUCAUGCAUUUCAUUUCAAGUUAUUUAUUCUUAACAGACAAACCGAGACUUUUCAAACAUAACAUUUCUCGGCAUCAUAUUUAGCGUGAAUUCCUUUCCCACGCCUUGUUCAAACUAACCGUAUAGUUGUAUCAUUUCAAGGAUCAUGUUUGCGUAAAAAAAGCCAUCCCUUAAGCUUUUCAUUAUGAUUUCAUUGAAAUAAAGAGUAUUGGUUGUUUUAUGAUGUUGUUGUUGUUGUUGUAACAUGUUACUUUAAUACUGAUAUAGUGUGAUUCUAUACCGUUUUGGUGAUGCAUUUUGAGUCAUAUGUUUGACUUGUACCUGAAGAGGUUUUUAAUUAGAAAAAUGCUUAUAAAGAUGUUGUUGAUGUUUUUUUUGAUGAUAUUACUGAUAUGAUGUAUGUUUAGUUCAGGUCUGUCUUUGCAAUAGCAUAUUUACAUUUGUUAAAUAUAAGGAUGGACAUGUUCUUUGUUAAUGAUUUGUUUAAUUAUUGAGUAUUGGUUAAGGUUAUUGGAAGGUAUACAGAUGUACUGAAUUUUCACAGAUAUGAUGAUUAUUUAUAUGGCUGUUUUGUGAUGUUUGUAUAUAUUUGUAUUAAAUUUUAAGAUAUUUCAUUUGAUCAUAUUUAUUUCAUUAUCAAGAUAAUUUUUUUAUAUCAUUUUGCCAACAGUCAAUAAAUUCUCAGAACCAUA